AUGCUAAGAAGUGAAGAGUGUAUGGAAAUUAGAGAGCACAAGGGGCUGUGUAGAAUAGCUAGGAAGUACUUUGAAGGUUUAUUCACAACAACUUGGAAUAAUCACGAACCAAUGCUAUCUCUUAUCCAGCCGAUAGUUUCUACAAAAGAUAACCGUAGACUUCUUCGUCCAGUUUUCGAGGAUGAAUUUCAUGCGGCUCUUUGUGAUAUGUAUCCGAAUAAAUCUCCAAGAUCCGACAGGUUCAACCCCGUUAUUUAUCAGAACUUUUGGGAGCUUUGUGGGGAUGAUAUCUGGCAGACUGCUACAAAAUGGUUAACGAGAGGAUAUUUCCCACAGUCGAUUACCGACAUAAAUAUUUGCUUGAUUCCUAAAAAUAAUAAACCACAAAAUAUGAAGGAUUACAGACCCAUAUCAUUAUGUAAUAUGGUGUAUAAAAUUGUGUCGAAAGUUCUAGCUAAUAGAAUGAAAAUUCUGUUGGAUAAAUGUGUUAUGGAGGAACAAUCGGCAAACAUUUAUAUAUUUAUCAACAAAUCUCCCCAUAUCAUGUCUAGCAUCUUCGACAUUAUUGCACAAGUCGUUUUGAUUGAUAAUAACACUGUGACGGUUCUUUUGAGAACAAUUCUAGUGGAUGUGGUGACAUCUUUCGAAAUUCUAUUGGAAAUUUUUUAUUAG